AUUCACUAUGGAAUCGGAUGCCGGACCAGAUCUCCGUGUCCGAGUUCCUGGCCGAGACCACCGAGGACUACAACUCGCCCACCACGUCCAGCUUCACCACGCGGCUGCACAACUGCAGGAACACCGUCGCGCAGCUGGAGGAGGCUCUAGACCAAGAUAGGACAGCCUUACAGAAAGUGAAAAAGUCCGUAAAAGCAAUAUAUAAUUCCGGUCAAGAUCAUGUACAAAACGAAGAAAACUAUGCACAAGUUCUUGAUAAGUUCGGAAGUAAUUUUUUAAGUCGAGACAAUCCAGAUCUUGGUACUGCUUUUGUCAAAUUUUCGACUCUUACCAAGGAAUUGUCUACAUUGCUGAAAAAUCUGCUCCAGGGUUUGAGCCACAAUGUGAUUUUCACCUUGGAUUCCUUGUUAAAAGGAGACCUGAAGGGAGUCAAAGGGGAUCUUAAGAAGCCAUUUGACAAAGCUUGGAAAGAUUAUGAGACAAAAUUUACAAAAAUUGAAAAGGAAAAGAGAGAGCAUGCAAAACAGCAUGGAAUGAUCCGUACUGAGAUAACUGGAGCCGAGAUUGCUGAAGAAAUGGAGAAAGAAAGGCGACUCUUUCAGCUCCAAAUGUGUGAAUAUCUCAUUAAAGUCAAUGAAAUCAAGACCAAAAAGGGCGUGGAUCUCCUGCAGAACCUUAUCAAGUAUUAUCAUACACAGUGCAAUUUCUUUCAAGAUGGUUUGAAGACAGCUGACAAAUUGAAACAAUACAUUGAAAAAUUGGCUGCCGACCUGUAUAAUAUAAAACAGACCCAGGAUGAAGAAAAGAAACAGCUCACGGCACUUCGAGACUUAAUAAAAUCCUCCCUUCAGCUUGAUCAGAAAGAAGAUUCCCAGAGCCGGCAAGGAGGAUACAGCAUGCAUCAGCUCCAAGGCAAUAAGGAAUACGGCAGUGAAAAGAAGGGGUACCUGCUGAAGAAAAGCGAUGGGCUCCGGAAAGUGUGGCAGAGAAGAAAGUGUGCAGUAAAGAAUGGGAUUCUGACCAUUUCACAUGCCACGUCUAACAGGCAGCCAGCUAAGUUGAAUCUUCUCACCUGCCAGGUGAAACCGAAUGCCGAAGACAAGAAAUCUUUUGACCUGAUAUCACAUAAUAGGACAUAUCACUUUCAGGCAGAAGAUGAGCAGGAUUAUGUAGCGUGGAUAUCAGUGUUGACAAAUAGCAAAGAAGAGGCUCUAACCAUGGCCUUCCGUGGAGAGCAGAACACUGGGGAGAACAGCUUGGAAGAUUUGACAAAAGCCAUUAUUGAGGACGUCCAGCGGCUGCCGGGGAAUGAGGUCUGCUGUGAUUGUGGCUCAUCAGAACCCACCUGGCUUUCAACCAACUUGGGUAUUUUGACCUGUAUAGAAUGUUCCGGCAUCCACAGGGAAAUGGGGGUCCAUAUUUCUCGCAUUCAGUCUUUGGAACUAGACAAAUUAGGAACUUCUGAACUCUUGCUGGCCAAGAACGUAGGAAACAAUAGUUUUAAUGAUAUUAUGGAAGCAAAUUUACCUAGCCCCUCACCAAAACCCACCCCUUCAAGUGAUAUGACUGUACGGAAAGAGUAUAUCACAGCAAAGUAUAUAGACCGUAGGUUUUCAAGGAAGUCAUGUUCAACUUCGUCAGCUAAACUGAAUGAGCUGCUCGAGGCCAUUAAGUCCAGGGAUUUACUUGCACUAAUUCAAGUCUAUGCAGAAGGAGUAGAACUAAUGGAACCACUGCUGGAUCCUGGUCAAGAAUUAGGGGAGACAGCUCUUCAUCUUGCAGUUCGAACUGCAGACCAAACAUCGCUGCAUUUAGUUGACUUCCUUGUACAAAAUUGUGGGAAUCUGGAUAAGCAGACAGCCCUGGGAAAUACAGUUCUGCACUAUUGUAGCAUGUAUGGGAAACCAGAAUGUUUAAAGCUUCUUCUUAGGAGCAAGCCCACUGUGGAUGUUGUAAACCAGGCUGGCGAGACUGCCCUGGACAUAGCAAAGAGACUAAAAGCUACCCAGUGUGAAGAUCUGCUUUCCCAGGCUAAAUCUGGAAAGUUUAAUCCACAUGUCCAUGUCGAGUAUGAGUGGAAUCUUCGACCAGAUGAGAUGGAUGAAAGCGAUGAUGAUCUGGAUGAUAAACCAAGUCCAAUCAAAAAAGAGCGCUCCCCGAGACCACAGAGCUUCUGCCACUCCUCCAGUAUCUCUCCCCAGGACAAGCUGUCACUGCCGGGAUUCAGCACUCCAAGGGACAAGCAACGACUCUCCUACGGCGCCUUCACCAACCAGAUCUUUGCCUCCACAAGCACAGACUCCCCCACAUCACCAACCACAGAGGCACCUCCGCUGCCUCCCAGAAACGCCGGGAAAGGUCCAACUGGCCCACCUUCAACACUCCCUCUAAGCACCCAGACCUCUAGUGGCAGCUCUACCCUGUCCAAGAAGAGGCCUCCUCCCCCACCACCCGGACACAAGAGAACCCUAUCCGAUCCUCCCAGCCCACUACCUCAUGGGCCCCAAAACAAAGGCGCAGUUCCUUGGGGUAAUGACGUGGGGCCAUCAUCUUCGAGUAAGACUGCGAACAAGUUUGAGGGACUGUCUCAGCAGUCAAGCACCGGUUCUGCAAAGACUGCCCUUGGCCCCAGAGUUCUUCCUAAACUACCUCAGAAAGUGGCACUAAGGAAGACAGAAACCAGCCAUCAUCUCUCCCUCGACAAAGCCAACAUCCCGCCUGAAAUCUUCCAGAAAUCAUCCCAACUGGCAGACUUGCCACAGAAGCCACCGCCUGGAGAGCUGCCCCCGAAGCCCACAGAACUUGCCCCCAAGCCCCAGAUUGGAGAGCUACCACCUAAGCCAGGAGAACUGCCACCCAAGCCCCAGCUGGGCGACCUCCCGCCCAAACCCCAGCUCUCUGACUUGCCUCCCAAGCCACAGAUGAAAGACCUGCCCCCCAAGCCUCAGCUUGGGGACCUGCUGGCAAAGUCCCAGACUGCAGACGUCUCCCCCAAGACUCAACAGCCCGGGGAUAUCACACAAAAGUCACACCCACUCGAUCUGUCCCCCAACAUGCAGUCUCGAGACGCCGUCCCGAAGCAGGCGUCAGAAGACUCCAACGACCUCACCCCCUCACUGCCUGAGACGCCAGUGCCACUACCUAGGAAAAUCAACACGGGAAAGAACAAAGUCAGGCGGGUGAAGACCAUCUACGACUGCCAGGCAGACAAUGAUGACGAACUGACCUUCAUCGAGGGCGAGGUGAUCGUUGUCACGGGCGAGGAGGACCAGGAGUGGUGGAUUGGCCACAUCGAAGGACAGCCAGAGAGGAAGGGAGUCUUUCCAGUGUCCUUCGUUCACAUCCUGUCUGACUAGCGAAAAGCGGAACCUGAAGAUUGUCCACGUUCUUUGUGCGAGACUGCUGGCUCCAUAUAACCCCGUGCACAAUGUGUAUAUAUAUAUAGCUGCUGUUACAGAGCAAGAAGCGGGUGGAGGACGGCUCAGGAGGGACGUAGUGUGUGCUGUAAAUACCCUGUGGUCUUCUGCCUUCGCCAGCAAUAGGGCACGCCUUACCGGUUUGCCAAAGCCAUCCUUGGCAUCUAGCACUUAACAUCUCUCUGUGCUGUGUAUCGAGUAAACAGAAACCGAAAGAUCAGGCUUUGCAAAUAAAGGUGGUCUCAGCGUCCGUUGGAUGGCAUAGAACACACUCCGUUCCUAACAGUGCAGUAUUCUCUUACCGUGUUACUGAAAAGGCAACAUUAGCAAAGAGGUGGGUUCCGCUUCCCAGAUGAAACUUUAGCUCCAUUACAGACCAGCCUGUAGUUACCUGUACACACCGUUUACAACUCCAAACGCCUCCUUUGCUAUUUAUUACAGAGAAGUGCUCAGUUAAACGUGUUAUUCCUUCAGCAAAAUACUCAUUCACCCAAAACCUUUGGUGGCAUCUUGCUAUGCCCAACAGCUUCAUGCAAGUGUAGACAAGUAGAUUUAUACUGUCUUAAAAUGAUGAGUGCCCACCCCUGAGAUAUGAUUACCUCAUUAUGCAAAAGUACAUAUCCGCCAUGACUAUGUUGACAAGAGUUUAAAACACAUCUGAAGAAGUUCGACUUUCAGGCACCAAGGACUGCCAGAAUUAUUAACCUCUGAAUUAUGCAUGCCUUUAGAAGCUUACCCGAAAUCUGCCUUUUAUAAAGGAAAAUUAUGGACAAGUUGAACUGUACGUUUUUCUAAACUUGAUUGCCAUUAAAGCAGAAAUUAUAAGGUUGCAAAAA